AUGCGCCCCAGCAUCUGCGCCGCACUGAGUGUUCUGCUGCUUACCGCCGUCUUCGGCCUGCCUGUUGUGCGGGCACAAGGGGCGGUACAGGAGCAGGAACAAGAGCAGGAACAAGAGGUCUCAUUUGACCCUUACGCCCUGGUAGAAAAGGCUCUGGACCUGACCCGCAGUAUGUCCUCACAUUCACAAAUGUCGAUGACCAUUUCCCGCCCAAGCUGGCAGCGAACCUCGAGUCUUGUGGCCUGGACCCGCGGUCGGGAAGACUCGUUGAUCAGGUUCACCGCGCCGGCCAAAGAUGCGGGUAACGCUCUGUUGAAACAGGGUGACAAAAUGUGGACCUACAACCCCAAGCUCAAUCGUAAUAUUCGGCUACCAAGCUCUAUGAUGUCCCAGAGCUGGGCAGGUUCAGAUUUCUCAUACAACGAUUUGUCCCGCAGCGAUAAAUACCUGCGCCAUUAUGAUCUUUCGCUGGAGGACGUGACGUUCAGUGAAGCUGAUGCCGGUGGCGUACAGCAACGCGUGUUCACUAUCGAUGCAAUCCCUAAAGAAGACGCGCCAGUGGUAUGGGGUAAAGAGCGUAUGGUCAUUCGUGAAGAUGCCAUCAUGCUCGAAGUCACUUACUUUGAUCAGAGCAUGUUGCCGGUGAAGCGUCUUGUCAGCCUUGAGAUUGGUGAGCUGGGUGGCCGCACCAUGGCAACAGCGAUGCGUAUGAAUAACCUCGAAGAAACCGAUACGUUUACUGAAGUCCGCUAUCAGGACAUCGAAUUUGAUCUGCCCCUGGAAGAUCGUAUGUUCACAGUUUUUGCGCUGCAGUCUGGCUUAACCUGGCGCCUGGCCUGGCGUAACCUCUGGCGUAAUCCACGCCGUACCUGGUUGACUGCGGGUGGUAUUGCGUUUGCCAGCUUGUUGGUCACGCUGAGCAUGUCGCUGCAGCAGGGGUCCUACGAUGCCAUGGUGUCUUCCGCGACGGGGUUUUACGUGGGUCAGGCGCAAAUCAACCAUGUCCUGUACGAAGAUGAAGGCAAGCUGGAACAAACUGUCGUGUAUGCCCUGGCAUCGGUCGAGCAACGCUCCUUCGGUGCCGCGGUGGUGGGUGUCGACUUCGAGGUCGAGCAGAAGCUGGUCAGCUUCUAUGAUCGGGUCACUCAGGGGCGUUUACCCGUGGAUGAAAAUGAAGUGCUGAUCGGUGAAGCGCUGGCCCGCAAUCUGGGCGCCCAACUCGGUGACGAGCUGGUCCUGCUGGGUACCGGCAAGCAAGGGGGUAUUGGCGCUCUUGCGCUGAGCAUUGCCGGUCUUUACGCCUCCGGACGACCAGAACUGGAUCGCAGCCUUGUGUUCACGCAUCUGGCAAGCGUACAGAACGGCUUUGGUUUAGGCGAUGAAGUGCAUGCGCUGGUGCUGGGGUUUGAUGACAUCGACGAGCUUGAGCCCAAUCUGGAAGGACUACGCAGAGCCCUGCCCGAAAAUGUUGAGCUGCGGACCUGGCAGCAACUGUUGCCAGAGGUGGUGCAGGGCAUUGAGCUCGACCGGAUCAGUGCCGUGCUGUUUUACGGCAGCAUCCUUAUCCUGGUGACGUUUUCUGUUGUGAACACGUUCAUCAUGAUCAUUUUUGAACGCACACGGGAAUUUGGCAUGUUGCUGGCGCUGGGCGCGCGGCCGGGCAUCAUCAUGCGCCAGGUACAGGCCGAGGCGUUGAUGAUGUGGCUGGUGGGUACCGCCAUAGGUAUUCCGUUAGGCAUGAUGGAAGAAAUGGCCGAGCAGUACUAUAUGCCCAGCCGUUUGUAUCCCGCGAUUUCGCUGUACGCCAUGUCGCUGGCGCCACUUGUACUGCUGAUGGGUACGCAAUUGGCAGCGUUUCUUGUGCAGCCAAACGGUAUGAAACUCCUCUUUCAACUCAGUAUUCGAAAUCUGUUUCGUAACAAGCGGCGUAACGCGAUGCUGCUGGUUGCUAUUGCCGUGGCUGUGGCCGGCGUCAAUGCAUCAAACACGCUGUUGCGGGGUUAUCAGUACGACAUGCUGGAAUCCGCCAUCAAUAAUCUCACCGGCCAUGUCAAAGUUAUGGCCGAAGGCUAUGCGGAUGAUCCCAAUAUUGCACACAGCUUUAAGCUGAUGACUGAGCAACUGCCGCAGCUGCCUGAAGGUAUGGUUGUCGGUUGGGCUGAUCGAUUACGCAUACCGGCCGUAAUUAUGAGUGAGCGGGAAACUCGCGGCAUCGAACUGGUUGGCGUGGAUCCCGCAAAAGAAUCUAUUUCUUUUAUAGGGGCUGCGCAGAUUGAAGGCGAAUACCUGCAAGAUGCGGAAGAUGGCCGUGUGUUGGUUGGCAAAGAACUGGCGCGCCAGUUACAGACGACGGUGGGGCGCCGGCUGGUAUUGAUCGCACAAGGGGCUGAUGGCCUGAACAGAGAGCGUGGUUAUCGCAUUGCGGGCACCUACGAUGCCGACGGCACAGGUCUUGAGAAAAACUAUGUUUUUGUAGGUUUGAAUUCGUUACAGACGCUGCUGGAAACUCAGGCGGUUACCGAGCUUUCGGUGCGUGUUGAUCAGGAAGAGCAGCGCGUAGCGGCAAAAUCCGCGUUGCGUCAGGCGUUUCCCGGUCUGGAGGUGAAAGACUGGCGGGAGUUAGAUCCUCAAGUGGCUGAGAUGUUCAAAUUUGCAGAUGCUUCGCUGUUUAUCUGGUUUUUUCUGAUGAUGGGCGCGCUGACCUUUGGGCUGGUUAAUUCUCUGAUUGCAGCAGUGAUGGAGCGGGUCAAGGAGUUGGGCAUGAUGCGUGCGCUGGGUAUGCAGAACUCAACCGUGCUGGUGCAGGUGGUGCUGGAAUCCAUCAUUCUGAUGACCGUUGGUGUUGUGUUGGGUACAGGCCUCAGUCUGCUGAUUUAUUGGAGUGUUGCGGACGGGAUAGAUCUGUCUGCUUAUGCGCAGGGCGCUGAGCUGGCUGGUGUGUCCAGUACGUUGCAGCCGGUGCUGUUAGGCCAGGAUGUUCUUCUGGUCGUCGACUUCACGGUUUAUCCCGGUGAGUUUGUCAGUUUGUCCGGCCCGUCCGGGUCAGGGAAGUCGACGCUGCUCAAUAUUGUUGGCGGACUCGAUCGCCCGGAUGAAGGCACUGUCUCGCUGGAUGGCAUAGAUCUUGGCGAGCUGUCUGAAAGCCAGCUGGCGGAAAUUCGCCUGCAUAAACUCGGUUUUGUGUUCCAGGCUUACAACCUUAUACCGGUGCUCACCGCGCUGGAGAACGUUGAAUUUAUCAUGCAGCUUCAGGGGGUGCCGCCAGCUGAGCGUGCAGAGCGGGCUACAGCGGUACUGGAUCGUCUGGGCUUGGCGGAUAUGUUAAAUCGUCGGCCCGGUGAACUUUCCGGUGGGCAACAGCAGCGUGUGGCCGUCGCCCGUGCGAUAGUUUCGGAACCCGUUCUUCUGCUCGCAGACGAGCCCUCUGCCAAUCUGGAUUCUAAAACCACAAAAGAGCUGUUAGAUCUUCUGCGGCAUCUCAAUGAAGAAGGUAUGACCAUUGUUACCGCGACCCACGACAGCAUGGUCAUGAGCUAUGCACAGCGCCAGGUGCAUUUGCGAGAUGGGCAGAUCGAACACGAUGAUCAGGCGCUGGAUGCAGAUGUUCGGCUGAAGUGGUUUGGUAGCGCCGCGCUUUUACCUGAACAUGAUCUGCAGCGCCAGAUUGAUAAAACACCCGCGUAUGAUCAGACCUACGACAUGCGCCUCAUGUUCCGCCACCAGGCUGGCGCUUUGCGCUUUGCCCUCGAUCACUCGACUGUUCUGCUCAGCGGCGAUGCUUCCAAGUUGGGUCGCGACCCGAAUGCGGCGCUGGAUCAGACGGUCACCAACGAUGAGCGUCGUUGGGCGGAUCUGACCUGGGAUAUAGAAGAGGGUAAACGGCAUCAGAGUUUUCAUCGCCUGGAUCACCUGUCGGUGCAGUGGCAAUCUGGGAAUUGGAGCGUGUCAGCGGGGCGUCAGGCGGUGAGUUGGGGUAGCGGUAUCGUAUUUCAGCCCCUUGAUCUGUUCAGUCCCUUUUCCCCCACCGUUGUUGAUCGUGAUUACAAACCCGGAGAUGACCUGCUGCUGGUUGACCAUCUGUUGGAAAACGGUAGUGAUCUGCAGUUAUUACAUGUUGUGCGCAGAGAUGUCGAUGGCGAUGUCCGCGGUGGGGUAUCAAGUACCGCGUUCAAGUGGCAUGGCUAUGCUGGAUCAUCAGAACUGGAACUGGUCGCCGCCAGGCACUUUGAUGAAGACGUGCUCGGUUUGAGCAUGCGGCGCCCGUUGGGGGAGGCGAUGUUUCGCGCAGAUCUGGUCGCGGUGCGCAGUCAGGCCAUGGAUCAGAACGAAGGCUGGCAGAUAUCCGGUAUCGCAAACCUUGAUUACACCCUGAUGGCCUGGGAGCGCAACGUCUACCUGUUUGGUGAAUACUUUUACAACGAUUGGGGGGUAGAUGAGCUGCCCACGCAAAUCGCCGAGUUGCCGUUGAGUCUGUUAGAUAGAUUGGCACGAGGGGAACUGUUCAACGUGAUGCAGCAUUAUCUGGCGCUGGGCGGCAGUUUCGAAUGGCAUCCACUGAUCAAUCAGAGCGCAACCCUGAUUACUAACCUGCAGGACCACAGCAGUUUGUUACAGGUUGCGGUAUCUUUUGAUCCCGGUGACCAUCAGAGUGUGCAGGUGGGUUGGGUGCAGACACUGGGCCGCGCUGGCGAUGAGUUUGGUGGUAUCCCGGUAGCAGGCAACCAGGUCACGACCGGCGGGGGAAGCCGCUUCUAUCUGCGUUGGACAUACUUCUUCUGA